AUGGGUUUUGGAGACCUGAAAAGCCCCGCGGGCCUCCAGGUGCUCAACAACCACUUGGCGGACAAGAGCUGCAUCGAGUGGUACGCGCCAUCAAAAGCAGAUGUGGCAGCCUUUGAAGCCAUCUCCAGCCCACCACUUGCCAACUUGCGUCAUGCCCUCCGUUGGCAUAGUCACAUCACCUCUUAUGAAAAGGAAAAGGCCAGCCUGCCAGGAGUGAAGAAGGCCUUGGGCAAGUACGGCCCUGCUAAUGUGUCAGACACUAUAGAAAGUGGAGCUACAGAUAGUAAAGAUAACAAUGAUGACAUUGAUCACUUUGGAUCUGAGGAGGGGGAGGAAAGUGAAGAAGCCAAGAGGCUAAGAGAAGAGUGCCUUGCACAGUAUGAGUCAAAGAAAGCCCAAAAUCCAGACCUUGUUGCCAAGUCUUCCAUCUUAUUAGGUGUGAAACCUUGGGAUGGUGACACAGAUAUAGCAAAACUAGAGGAGUGCAUCAGAAGUGUUCAAGAGGAUGGCUUGGUCUGGGCCUCUUCUAAACUACUUCUGGUUGGGUAUGGCAUUAAGAAACUUCAAAUACAGUGUGUAGUUGAAAUGACAAAGUUGGGACAGACAUGCUGGAGGAGCAGAUCACUGCUUUUGAUGAGUAUGUACAGUCUAAGGAUGUGGCUGCGUUCAAUAAGAUCUAA